AUGUCAACGCCGGAAUACCUCUCAGGCAAUAAGGAAGCUAUACAACAGUUCCUGGACAAAUUCGAUGUGCGUCAUUCCCCUCAAACACCCACCCUCCUUACCCCCCCCCUCUACCCUCUCACUCCCGCUCCCACCAAAAAAUCCAGCCCUCAAGUCUUCUUCCGGUCUUGGGUCGCGUUGGGUCGGGUCGGGUUGGCUUUGGUUUCUCAGAGCGCCAUCGCAUGUUUCAGACGCAUCUCAAGUCCCAACUCUUCAUUGUACUUGCCCAUACUAACGCACGCACGUUUUCCACCCACACAGGUCUUCCUCUUUGACUGCGAUGGCGUUCUCUGGUCCGGCGACCACCUCUUCCCCGGCGUGCCGUCGACGCUCGACCUCCUGCGCAAGAAGAACAAGCAAGUCGUGUUCGUGACCAACAACUCGACCAAGUCGCGGCAGGAUUACAAGAAGAAGCUCGAGGGAAUGGGCAUCCCCGCGACGGCCGAGGAGGUGUUUGGCUCGUCGUACUCGGCGGCCGUGUACAUCUCGCGCAUCCUCCCGCAGCACCACCCGCAGCUCAAGGAGCGGAACAAGGUGUUCGUCGUCGGCGAGGCCGGCAUCGAGACGGAGCUGGACGCCGAGGGGGUGCCGCACCUCGGCGGCACCGAUCCAGCCUACCGGCGCGACGUCACGCCCGAGGACUACAAGCUGCUGGCCCAGCAGGACUCGCCGGCGCUGGACCCGGACGUCGGCGUCGUGCUCUUCGGCCUAGACUUCCACUUCAACUACCUCAAGCUGUGCUACGCGUACCACUACGUCAGGCGCGGCGCGCUGUUCCUCGCCACGAACACCGACUCGACGCUGCCCUCGGCCGGCGCGCUGUUCCCCGGCGCAGGCUCCAUCUCGGCGCCCCUGGUCAAGAUGCUCGGGGGUCAGGAGCCCAUGGCCUUUGGGAAGCCCAAUCAGGCCAUGAUGGAUGCCAUAGAAGGCAAGUUCCGCUUCGACAGGUCCAAGGCGUGCAUGGUCGGCGACCGCGCCAACACCGACAUCCGCUUUGGUCUCGAGGGGAAGCUGGGAGGGACCCUGGGCGUGCUCACCGGCGUCGCUACAAAGGAGGAGUUUCUAGAGGGCGACGCCCGUCCGCAUUAUUACGUCGACAAGCUGUCCGAUCUGCUCGAAGGCUUAGAAUGA